UGAAUUGAGCGUGUUUAAAUGAAGUGUUGUUGUCUAAUUUGUUUACAAUUUUUUUUUUCUAAAUAAAAAGUAAUAAAUAAAAAAUGCACGAAACUGAAUGUGCACAGAGAAAAUAUGAGUCAGCUGUAAAUUCUUGGGAAUAUAGAAAAAAACAUAUAAGACAGUUAGCUAAUUUUUUAUCAGCAAUAUUUUCUCUCAUAGGAUGUGGAAUGUCAAUAUCAUUUCUUUAUUAUGCAUCAAUUACUAGAAGACUAACUAAUGAAAUUCUUUAUCAUUUUUAUGGUGGUAUAAUUGUUGGUGUUAUUUUGACUUCGGUGUUGUUAUCAAUAUUUCCAAAAAAAUUUCUUUAUAUUUCAUGCGGAGUACUAUCAAUUUUAACAGGAACAGUUAUAGUUCGAUAUGAAGAAGUUCCAAUUAGUGAUUAUACGACACCCCAAAUAUCAAUUGACGGAGCAUUAUAUUUCGUUGGUUUCACAUUUGGAAUUACUAUUCUAACUUAUAUCACACAUUGUGGCGAAAUAUCAACUAAAUACUUGCGCGGAUCAAUUUGUAGCUUCAUACAAUUUGCUAUUGAUUUAGGAUUGUUAAUUGGAAUUUCAAUCAUUGUUAUUAUUAACAACGAUUAUAUAAAUUUAUCAAGAAGUAUAUACAUAAUAAUUGGAACAUUUACAAUUAUUAUAGGAGUUUACGCAAUAAUUACUGCUAAACUAUUUGUUUAUGAAUCACCAUUGGUCUUGUUAGAAAAUUAUCACGUAGAAAAAGCAACUAAUGCUCUUAUGAAAUUAAGAAAUGAGACAGAUCCGAGCAAUCCAGAAAUUAAUAAUGAAAUGGAACAUAUGAGAACAAUGUUAGAGAACAAAUCGAAUUCAAUUCUAAAAUGUAGUGACAUGAAACCAGCAUUUAAAAUUUUAUUAUGUCGAUAUUCAUAUUCAUUAGCUGCAUCCGCUACCACAACGACAAUGAUUUUUAGAUUUUUAAAUUAUAAUUUGGAUUAUAAAAUAAUAUUAAUGCUUUUUGGAAGAUUUAUAUUUAAUUUUAUACCAAUUUAUGCAAUUGAUAUAAAAGGACGGCUACCUAUUCUGAAAGUAUCAAUAACUGGUAGCGCAUUGUUUUUAAUCAUAAGCAUUUUAGUAUAUAUAUUUGCAAAAUUAUAUCACUAUAAAAGCAAAUACAUAGAGUUCUUCAUUAUGGUAACCCUAAUCAUAUAUAACAUAUUUCUUGGUUGCGGUUCUAGUUCUGUUGGUUAUACUUAUAUGUCAGAACAUUGGAAUUAUUACAGAAAACAUCAUGUUAAUACUUUAAUUAUAAUAUUGGAAUAUGCACCUCUAAUUUUAUUAAAUUUUUUCGGAAACUCGGGAUUUGGAAUAUUAGUUAUUAGCAGUCUUCUGCAAUUUAUAAGUGGAGGAAUAGCGAUUUUUUUGUUACCAGAAACAAAGGGGAGAAGUUUAUUAGAUAUUCAAAGUCUUAGACAAAAAUAAAUUUAUUCUUUUUUAUUUCUUUUUUUUUUUGUAAACUAUAAAGAGAAUAAAACACUAAAAUAACUGAAUUAAGUUUUUUU